AUUGGCACUGUGAUUUCACCACAGAAUAGUGUUGCUAUCAAAACCAUGAACUAUUUUUUCUGAAAUAGAUUAUCAUACCAUGCGUACUUUCCGGUGAUAGCUACACAGGAAGGAUCAUUAUAUGUUAUAAUUUAUUAUCAGAAAACUGAAAUAUAACCAUGAAAUGCAGUAACAGCAUAUCAGAAACCACUGAGAUGGCAAGCAACGAUGAAGCAAGAGAAUUACUGCCUUUUAAUACAUUGGCAGAAUUAUAUGAUACUUUGGAUAGUAGAUUAAUAGAAUUACCAUUGGUAUAUAUCACAGAAUCAGUGGACUAUGUGUACCGAGGUUCAGAUAUUGUUUCACAGAAAGUUCCAUUGGAACGAGUGGAUAGAGCUGAACAACCCAGAACGCUAGUCUGUCACGAUAUGAAAGGUGGUUAUCUCGAAGACAGAUUCCUACAAGGUUCCACCUCUUAUGAUUCUUAUGUAUUUUAUCACUGGAGUAUUAUCGAUGCAUUUGUUUAUUUUAGUCACCACUUUGUGACUAUCCCACCUUACGGAUGGAUCACUGCGGCUCAUCACCACGGUGUAAAAGUUUUGGGUACUGUGAUCACGGAAGGGAAUAAUGAUACCUGGGAUACAAUUCUUGCGUCGGAAGAAGAUGCAAGAAAAUUUGCAGACGCUCUAGUAAUAAUUGCAAAAAGUUAUCAAUUUGAAGGCUGGCUUUUGAAUAUUGAAAAUAAGAUUAAGCAAGAAGAUAUUAAUAAUUUAAUUUAUUUCAUUAAAUACCUAACAGAAACUAUUCACAAUGAGAUUGAAGAUUCGGAAAUUAUCUGGUACGAUAGUGUGACCAAUAAAGGUGGAUUAAAUUGGCAAAAUGAACUCAAUGAUAAUAACAAAGAAUUUUUCCUGCACUGCGAUGGUAUAUUCUUAAAUUAUACUUGGACAAAAUCGCGAUUGAGCAACAGUCGUCUACUUGCAAGGGAAUUAGGUCGCGAUAUUAAGGAUAUUUAUGUUGGAUUAGAUGUUUGGGGAAGAGGAUGUCCAGGCGGAGGUGGCUUUAACUCAGUAUAUGCAUUAAAUUUGAUACGGGAACAAGGGCUUUCAGUUGCUAUAUUCGCUCCUGGAUGGACACACGAGUACUUUGGUCCAAGUACUUUUCUAAUUCUAGAAGAUUUAUUCUGGGCUCAAUUAUUUCCUUAUUUAUAUGUGCAUGUACCUAUUUUUGAAAAUGACACAUUUAAAACUUCCUUCUGUCGAGGUGCUGGUAUCUGCUAUUAUUAUAAUGGCGAGGAACAUUUUGAACCGUACACGAUAAACGGCGAAAGCACGCCCGAGAAAAAAGCAUUUUACAAUUUACGUAUGCAACAACUACAAUUGGCAAUUCCUGUGCCACAUUUGCAAUUUACACGAUCGACACAACGAAUUCUUAUUGGAGAUGUUGAAGAUAAAAAUAAUGAAAGUAAUGAAACUUGUGAGAAGAAAGAAAACCGAAUAGAACGUAUCUUCGAAAAUAGAAAGAACAUUAUACGAGUGUGUGGUAACUUAGUCAAGUUUGAAGACAAAUUAUCUGCCGUCGAUAUCAAUACUUUCGAGUUUUGCGAUCAAUUCUCUUACAAUGGUGGUGGAUGCUUAAAGCUGAUUACUAGAGAUCAUAGAUUAUAUCACAGAUUAUUCUUAGUUCACAUCGAUUUGAAGCAAAACAUCCAGGCGACCGUCAUUUAUGCAGAACCCGAAAUCAUCAUCUCAUCGAACAAGUCUAACAAAAAUCCUAUUUUAAUUUUGGGUAAUAAUGGUAAUUUAAAAUCGAUCCUGCCGUAUGAUUCGAUUAGAAUGAACGCCAAAUGGAGAAAAUGCAUCUAUCUGACAAACUUAAGGACUGUGGAUGAGAUUGGUGUAUCCUUCCUAACAGAAUACGAUUGUUACAUAGGCGAAAUCAUUUUGGAACAAAAGAAUCGUCAUUUUGAUAAUUCCGAUCCUGAGUACGUUGCCAGUCUUAUCAGCGAUUACAACGUCCAACAAUUUACUUCGGGUUCGAUGUAGUUGUAAUAUUAAUCCAACAAUUUUAUCAACUUGUAUAAUACAUACAAAUGAAUAAUAAUGCAA